AUUAUUUCAAAUAGGAAAGAACAGGCGUGAUCGAAAAGAAACAUCCAGUUGCCAAACUUUUGAAGGGGGUGUAAAUGAGCUAGGUAAGGUUCAAGAAGGCCAUAACCAUUCUAAGAUAAGUGUUGAAAGUACAUUUCACAUAGUUUUAAUAACUCACUCAUAUGCUGUAUUUUCAACUUCCAUUAGCAUAUGAUUUUAACAAACAAUUUAAUGACUGACAACUGAAUCCAUGAUUAAGUUCUUUCUGAUAUUGUCCAUGGUGUACAUUUACCAAAUGUAUGAAGAGAUUAGUCAGGAAGAUAAAGAGUUCUGUCCAGUUGAGUGCCUCCACUACUGCAAUAUCACCUGGCAUGCUACUGGAAUGUGUGUGCCACAUGAUGGGGAACAGUUACCAUGCCAACGAGCUAGUGCAGGGAAGGAUGGAAUCUCAGGAUAUGAGAACUGUUUCUAUGACGAUGAACAUGUUUAUGCAUGCUGCUAUGUCAACAUUGUGGAAUAUGAUCAUACUGAAGGAGUAGAUAGUGAAUCAGCUUGAUCGGACAAUUUGUUUGCAUUUUCAUAUGUAUUGGAAUCUGCUAUACAGCUGGGUUGGAUAACUUUGUUAUGAAGCAUUUUGUCAAAUAGCUCUAAUUAUUGAAUAAUUUUGU